AUAAACGUUUGUUGUAUCUUUGGAACACGAUUGGUUCAACGCAUUGACGCAAAGUGCUAAUAUCUUGCAGCGAUUGGUCCAGGCGUCUGUCAUGACGUGUCAGUCAAAGUGAUGGGCCAAUCACAGCCGGUAUUUGAGUCUUUCUUCCUCCCGCUUGCUGGCUGACGCAGAGGGUCAUGUGUUGUUUGUGCUGUGGCCCGUAGAGAUGUGUACAGGAGUAGAAGGGAACGGAUUGCUAAAGGAGCUAGCUGGAUCCUCCCGGUUACAGAGGCAAGGCUGAGCGUGGCCAUGUUCUACACGGUAGGCUUUAUUUCGUGAUAAAAGCCAACGGUGGAGUGUAUUCGUCGCCGAAAAGAGUCGGAGAGACGCGUUUUGUGCAGGCGGAAUAACAAAGCCGGUGUGUGAGGAUUGCAAAUCUGAGCCGUACGAGUCACCGUUAGCUGGCCUAGCCGGACUCAGGAGCUUCGUCUCCCAAAACAAGAAUGGGGUCCGAGUCCACUCGGAUUAGCCUGCUACUAAAGUGACCUUUGCUUAUAUUCCCUGAUGGCUAACUUCACGAAUUACCAGGAGGGUAAGGCGGCUAUGUUGAUGGUAGAGCCUCAGCAGAGGGACGUGGGGACGAGUCCUGCGGCCGCCAACACAAACGGAGACGGCUCAGUCGGGGAACCCCCUUCCCCGUUAAUUAAUAUCGGCGGCGGAGGAAGCGGCUCUCGUUUUCACCAACAUUUGCCGCCCCACAAUCACCUUCACCACCACCAAAACCUCAGCCUCGACUCGCCAAAGGAUCAACAGCAGCACCAUCACUACCAGCUGGCUCCACAGCAGCAUCUUUCCGGGGAAAACACCACCGAGUCCCCGGGCAGAAAAGCCUCCUCCUCCUCUUCCAUCAGCCAGGUACACACAGCCGAGUACCCCGCCGCUAGCGGCAGCGGCCAUGUAUCCGCCGCUGUGACCGUCGCUAACAGCUCGGAAGUCGUGGAUGAUAUUCGAAAGUGCGGCUAUUUGAGAAAGCAGAAACACGGACACAAGCGGUUUUUCGUGCUCCGGGCUGCCAGCCAUCUGGGGCCGAGUCGUCUGGAAUACUACGACAGCGAGAAGAAAUUCAGAAACAGCCUGCGCACCGCUGCUGCCGCGGCCGCCCCGAGCGGAGGAGCGGUGGCCGCUUCGCCUCCGAAGAGGGUUAUUUACCUCUACCAGUGUUUCACGGUGAACAAAAGGGCGGACUCUAAAAACAAACACCUCAUUGCCCUGUACACUAAGGACGAAUAUUUUGCUAUUGUGGCUGAAAACGAGACGGAGCAGGAGGAUUGGUAUGUGGCCAUCAGUGAGUUGAUGAGUGAGGGGAAGAGGGGGCACGUGGACUCUGAUGAUUUAGAUGAUGGCUAUGGUACAGUCAGCCCUGGGACUGUGUUUAAGGAGGUUUGGCAGGUUAAUGUUAAACCUAAAGGACUGGGUCAAACUAAAAACCUCACAGGUGUUUACCGGCUAUGCCUGUCUACUAAAACCAUUCACCUCGUUAAACUGAACUCUGAAACCCCCUGCGUUAACCUCCAGCUGAUGAACAUUAGGCGCUGUGGACACUCUGAGAGCUUCUUCUUCAUAGAGGUGGGCCGCUCCUCCUCCAUCGGGCCUGGGGAAAUAUGGAUGCAGGUGGAUGACUCGGUGGUGGCCCAGAACAUGCACGAGACCAUCCUGGAAACGAUGAAAGCCCUGAAAGCUUUUGCAGAAUUCCGGCCGAGGAGCAAAAGCCAGUCUUCAGGCUCCAACCCCAUGUCGUUCAUCACCACGCGACGCCACCUGGGUAACCUCCCUCCAAGUCAGACCGGGUUGCAGCGGCGGUCGAGGACGGAGUCUGUAGUCGGCACGCCACCCUCUAGUAAAAGUUCCGGUGCGAGCGGCUAUCGCUUCCGCACGUCUAGUGAAGGCGAGGGGACGAUGAAUCGGCCGUUUCGCUCUGCCACGGGAAGCCUGGUCCACCUCAACGCAGCCCGUGUUCCCCAUGGUCGCCAGGACAGCGGUGGGAGUGGCAGCAGCUGGAGUGGUGUUGCAACAGGAAAUGCUGGCACGAGUACUACCAGCAACCGCUACGUCAGAGCUAUCCCCUCCACCUGUCACGCCCGCUCAGCCUCACUUCCUGUCUCCCACUUCCCCUCGACCACCAGCCCAGUCAGCGUUUCCUCCAGCAGCGGCCAUGGUUCUGUUUCUGACACGCUCACCCGCCCAUCAAGCGCCUCUAUAUGUGGCUCCCCAUCCGAUGGAGGCUUUAACUCCUCCGAUGAGUACGGCUCCAGUCCCGGUGACUUCCGGUACUUCCGGGUGAGGAGUAACACGCCGGAUUCUCUGGGCAACACCCCACCAAUCAGAGAGGAGAACUGCCUCAACGAUUACAUGGCCAUGGGUUGGAACCGGGACGUUUUCGGCACCAGUGUGGGCUCUGGAAACAACAGUGGAUGUGAGACACCGCGCGAUGAGAGUACCUCAACGACCGAGGAUGAGCGCUUUUCUUCCUCAUUACUGAGGAGGAGGACGCACUCCUUCUCCAGAGCAGCUGCCGGUGUGACCGGAGCCUCUGGAGUAGCCACUUAUCAGAAAAUGACCCAGACGAACCUCUCGCUGGAUGAGGGGUCAGACUUGGUGCUGCCAUUUGGGAGCGGGCUGCUCCGGGGUGGGCCGUCCUCUUCCUCUUCCUCACUUCGCUCCGACUACAGCUCAUGCUCCGAACACAGUCAGCAGAGCCGUCCCUCAACACUCUCCAGGUCGGAGGCCGGAGCCGAACGCCCCCCUCUUUCUUCCUGCUCUUCUGCCAAGGAAGACAGCGGCUACAUGCCCAUGAUGUGCGGCGUAGCAGCGGCGUCGCCUCGGGACACUCCUCCUGACUACAUGCCUAUGCAACCCUCUUCUUACUCCUACCAGGUCUCCCACUCACCCCAGUUCCACAGCCCAGCUUUAGGCACGCGCUCAGCCCACCAUAACCCACAAUCUUCCACGGACUCUCACGGCUACAUGAUGAUGCUCCCAGGGAGCAGUGGCACCUCUCCUUCUCCUCUCCAGGUCUCUCCCGGUGGACCUGGCGCUGCUGGUGUUGGUGGAAGUAACAGCAUGGCUGAGAAACCUGAAAACGGAGAAUAUAUGGACAUGUCCUACAGCGGCUGUGGUCGCAAGCUCCCAGGUGAAGACAGCACUGUGUAUUACACACCAGGAACUCCCGAGGGGCCCCUGAAGUCUUACAGUCCUUACUUCUCUCUCCCCCGCUCUUAUAAGGCCCCCAAUAGGGAAAGGGAAGAGAGAGAGGAUGGGGAAUAUGUACCCAUGAGUUCCCCUGCCAAACCAGUGUAUUCGUCAGUUGCGACUGCUUCACUGUUGGUGCCAGAAAAAAGAAUAGGAGGGGGCAGCAACACCUCCACUCCCUCCCACCCACCUCCUCCCUAUGGAGCUCACCAUACAACUGCUGCAAUGGCUGACCGACGGGUCAUGAGGCCUACCCGCCUUCCUUUAGGCAGGAGGAGUUUCCAUGGCCCGCUGCGGGUCGGCGAGCCCGCCACAGAGACCUCGUGUGCUACAAGGUCUGUCCCAGUCACCAGCGUCCCACGCGAAGGGCCCUCAAGUCCCGGAGAGUAUAUCAAUAUUGAGUUCGGAGAACACUUCCCUCACCAACAGCAGCCCCCUCCCUAUCCCUUGUCCACUCAAGAUGAAGCCCCCUCCCUGGUAUCCAGCGACGCUCUCUGCUCUCCUCCCCAAGACUACAUGAGUGUGGAGGUUGGGUCGGACCAGCAUGAUGCCACUGGGUGUCUGGGUAAGAACCAGUCGCCCAGGCCCAGCCUCGUUGCUCCUUGGAACCCGCCCAGCUACAUCCGACCUCUGGUUAACAGCUCUGGGGUCUCCGGUUCAGGCGGUCACUGGAGGUCGGUAGGAGACGAUUACACGGACAUGUCAUUCAACCUCAGCAGAGGUGAGAGGACUCAAAGCCCCACAGCGAUGCUGCAGCAUCUUUGCGUCAUAGAGGGACGCUAUGGUCACCCUGCCUCCACCACCUCCUCGUCCACCAUUUCCCCACCUCACCCUUCUUCGACCCAACAGCUGGAGCCCAAGGUGGUGCGAGCGGACCCCCAAGGCAGGAGGAGACACAGUUCAGAGACGUUCUCCUCCAGCUCAUCCUCUAAUUCAACUCCUUCGUCUUCAGCCACCCAUCCGUCUCUGUCCAACCCUUCAGCCCCGAACGCCAAUGGAUCCUACCAAACGGAGGGACAGACCUCUAGGUGGGCCAGCUCGGCAUCUUUCGACAGCGUGUGGAUGUCCUUGGAGGGCGCAGGAGACUCGCCAGCUCACCAGGCCCAGGUGAGAAACGCAGAAACCGACACCAUGUCCGGGAACAUCCCAGCGUCCGCCUCCUCGGGGGUUGGCACCAGCAGAAUGUGCAGGAACACGUCCGUCGGCUACCAGAACGGCCUCAACUACAUCGCCUUGGAGCUGAGGGAAGACGGGAGCAACGCAGGAGCGCCAGGGGCCAGUAGCAGCGGCGGCGGGAAUGCAUCAGUGGCGCCACCAGGAAUGGUACCUCUGCCAGAGAAUGGAGCCUACGCCAGCAUAGACUUCACCAAAUCAGAUGGAGUCACCACAGCAACCAAGGACUGAGCGGCAGAGGUCCACCAUGUUGCCUCCUCCUUCUCUUCCUCAUGCUCCUCGUCAUCUCUUAUCUCGGGGCACUUGACUCUGCCUUUGACCUUUAGCCCCUCCCCACACCCCGCCCCUUCCUCCAACAGUGACCUUCGACCUUCAGUCACACUGAGAAGCUGCUUUCAUCUGGUCACAGACAACAUUUUCAACAUGACAAACCAGAAAAAACGCUUGCGGGUUGUUCCUUUUUUAAUUAUUAUGAUUAUUAUUUUUUAAGUUUUUCAUUGUUAAUGUUUUUAUGUUUUAUAUGCAUAUCCUGUCCUGUUAAUCGUCCCCUUAAAUGAGUGAUGCUGCCAGUGUUUGCUGCUCUUCCCACCCACCCCCUCCUGUUAGUUCAACACUGCUAUCCAGCACGCAGCGGUCAGUGAACUUUAACCGAGGGGUGUACAACACAAACAGGCAGUUUUUUUUUGUUGUUUUUUUUAAUCAUUUCUCUUUAUGCGGUAUUAUUAUUAUUUUUUUAAAAAGGGAAAUUUAGAGUUAAAAGCGCCGGCAUUAUGGUACGAACUUGGAAGCUUGAAAUAUUCUGUCAUCAUUUACCAUAAAUCUUUUGUACCCUAUUGAUAAUCCAGCCUCAAUUUUAUUUAAUUUAACGUUAAUUUUCUUUUUCUUUUUUUUUUUUUUGUAGAAGACCUUUAUAGAUAUAUACACAUAUAUAUUUUUUAACAUUUCUUCAGUUUGUUUAGUACAAAGCUUGUGGCUGGGUCCAUUUUAGCUUCACACACACACACACACGGAGAGCACGCUAGUUCCCAGGUACAACACGGCUCCCAAAUCUGCUGCAAUACUGCACCAGUAUCUGUGUAUUACUACAGAAAGAAAACGUACAGCGUUACAGUAUUUAUUUUACUGACUGCACAUCUAUUUAUUUGGUACAACAGGUACAGAUGUCCCGGUACAUUUCAUAGUUUGCUUCCUAGACUGAAGGUACUCAGCAGAGAGGGAAGAUAUUGCGGAAGAAUCCACGCCAGCAGCUAAUUUUCUCAUACAUUUUAGAGGAUUGAGACCACCCAACAACAUUUCUUGUGUAAAAAUUAGGUUGUGUACUUUGUGGAGUAUUAAAACCACAGCCAAAUAGAUUGCAACAAAGAAUUUGAGCAGUAUGUCCACCAUGGAGUUUAAUAUUAAAAUUCCAGAUUCAGAACAUAUAUAUAUAUAUUUUUUUUUUUCAUAAAUGUUUUAUACUUUCAUUAUAAAUUAGCAUGGUGGUCAAUUUUACUGAAGCUGAUGGUAUAUUGAAUGAGUAUUCUAUAAGGAAAUUGAAGUUGGAGACUGUGUGCCACCAAAAAUCUUCCUGUGUGAAACAUAUUCUUGGAUUGAAACAUGCCAGAGUAACUACAACAUAUAAAAAGUAAAGGUUGACUCUGGUUGAUCCACUCCAACUCAUUAAUAUUACUUCCAGUCAAUGUUUAUUUAUUUUUUUUAAUUUUAAGAUUACUUUAGACCCAAAUCUGCCAGGGGGUAUUAAUGAUAUCUAAACUAACAUUAUUUUCUGCUCCAUUUCCAACUCUUGUCUGCAUAUAAACUGACUUUUGUCGCCACUAAAAACUAAACAUUUUUUGAAAAAAAACCCCCAAAACCUUUCAGAGUGGAAAUUGUUAAAAAUCCGCUUGGAAAUGGAGACGACUGAAAACAUCAGGACAGUUCCACUUUGGCUUCCUUUGCUGGAAACCUCAACAGUUCAGCAGUUUCGAAGCGUCUCACUUUGUAAACUUAAAAAUAUAAACGAUGGAGUGGAAACAAAAGGGGAACAAGUGUCACUGAAAACAGAAGCUUAAAUUGUUUUUGAGAGGACUUGAAUUUAAAUUUGUUUAAAACAAAGGAAGUGUAGCGUAGCUUGACAGGUUUUAAGAACCAUUACAUUUUCCAAUCUAGAGCAUCAGUGUGAAAACAAAAAAAUUGACCUAUUUGCUUGGGGAAAAAUAAAUAUUUUUCAGAAUUUGCUGGUGGAUACGUAUCAUUUCCCCUCUCUGCUGCUUGUUGGUUUGUUUCAGUUUUCUGCACAAAGCACUGUUUGUUUAUACUGAAGUAGAAACACAUUUGUGGCUCCUUUUUUUUUGUGUUGCUUUCACUUUUACCUCACGUGCGGUCCUUACAGUUCAUGCGAGAGCGUGGUGAACGGCAGGUACAGGCGCCAAACGCGACAUGAAUGACGCGCCGCGCUCUGACGAAGGCGACUCCUUCUCACAGGCUCUUGAUUUCGGUCAGUCAGGAUUUUUCACACGCAGGUGUUCGUCAGAGGCGGGAAAUGACGUCAGAAGACGGUUCCAGUAACCCGAGCGGUCGACCCAGGUGCAGCAGGCGGGGACACACCGGACACCGCCUCCUUUCUCAUGCCGUCACUACGCCUGUUUCUUUACCGUUUCUGCCCGUGCUUUCUGUCUUUUAGAGACGCUUGAUGUUCACUUGGUUUGUAUUUAAUAGUUUUAUUUGCCUCCGUUUUUUGUUUUUUUUAAGUUUUAAAUUUUGCACGGCCAGAUCACGGCCUUUCACUGACACGGCAUCGUCAGCAGGAUGGGUACCGUAUCAAAACGAGGGGCUAAACCUCAUCCCGACUGAACUGCCUCCUCCUUUUUUGAGUUCCAGUGUUAACAAAAUUUAGGACACGGGUUAAGAGGGAAAUUUGUCAUGUUGAGAAGGUUACAGAUUUUUUUUCCCCCCCAUGUAUUUGGAGGUAAAAGGGAUAUAAAGACUGUAGAAUAACCUCCACAAAAUGCUGUUUUUAAGCCUGUGACGUGUCUUACAUGUAUAUUACCGAACAAUUCGAGGUGGUUUUGUUUCAUUCGCCCUCCUUUUACCGCCUUUGAUCCAACAAAGAUUUAAUCCCGCAGUGGCCAGGGAUAAACGAAAUGGUUUUUCUUUUCUUUUUUCUAUUUUGUUUUGUUUGCAAAAUUUUUUUUUUGUUUUUUUUUGUGUACUUACUAUGCUACAGCGACGUGUUACGCUUGGGUUUUAAUGCUAUGGCAGGAAAAAAAAAAUACUGGUAGUGUUAGUUUUGUGGGGAUUUGUGGACUAAUCCCUCUUAAUUUAUUCAGAAAUGUCCAUGUUGGAUUGCCUUCAUGUUCAAAAUCUACACCCCGUCGUUUCAAAAUUUCUCACCUCUUUUGAUUUACAGAAAAGUUUGGGUUCAUGUUUUGUUUUUGUUUUUUUGGCAACAAUGCAACCUCAGAUGUGUCCUCGAUGUUUUUAAAUGGGUACGAAAAUGAGGAGACUCGUAUAUCCUUGCAGAAAUGACAUAAGGUAAUGCAUUAUCAAUAUUAUUAUUAUUAUUAUGCAAACUUUAGUUUUGAUUUUUGUCAAAUCUUUUGAUUUCUUUCAUAUUUCUAGUUUACAGAAAGCAAAAAAAAAUCUUAUUUUUUUGAGAAAGCAGAACAAUAAAAUGUUUUUUUUUUUAAUUACGUAGGCAUUUUGCAGUUAUUUGUAUUAAAAACAACCUGCCUAAUUAUUUUUUUUUUGUAACUAUAAUCCAGUUUAUUUGCUGCUGUGUAGUACAGUUACUAGUCGGAGGUAAACAUGAGGAUCAAGAUUAUUAUUAUGAUUUUGUUUUUUGGUUGUUUCUCUUCCUCACCCACCUCUGAAUGCGUUUGAUUUUUGGAAUGAGGUUUGGUGGAAGCCGAGGAGAAGAAGCGACUCCCGCUCUGCCCUGCUGCUUGUGCUCUUAUUUUUCCGAGUUGAAUGCUGUUGUUUGUUAGCUUUACGGGAAAGAAAGAGGAGGUGUGUAUCCUUCGUAUGUGCAUUACUUUUCACGUCCCGUGUAAGAGGAAAAAAAAAAAGAUCUGGAUCUGUGUUGGAAAUGGAAAUCCUCCUUGUGUAAAUAAAGAAAGUUGUUGCUUUUUUUUUUUUCAUGUUUUGAUCGGCACCUCAGCAGGUGGCCCAUCCCAUGUUUUAUUUUUUAUUCCUUUUUGUUUUUUCCCCCCCGUCUGUCUUUCUCCCUUUUUGUUUCCUCGUGGAGGGAAAAGGGGGCACGAGGGGGACUCGAACGCGAUUUGAGCAUCGGCAUAGUGUUUAUAUUUAUCAAAAGUUUUUUGCUUUCGAUAGAGCUAUUGCAAUAAAAAUGUGUUCAUGUAAGA